CGGAGCGCAUGCGCAGACGGACAAGGUCGUGUGAGCAGGGCUGUAACCAUGAUGUCUCUGGCUGCCCGGUCGGGGGCUUUCUCCCCUUAUUUACAGGCUACCGCCUUUACAGUGGCCGGCCCGCUGAAGCCGCUGGUCCCCGGGGUGGUGGUGAAGGGAGAGAAGAUCCUGCUGGACCGGAAGAAGCCGUUCCUGUGCCGGGAGUCUCUGAGCGGCCAGAGCCCGAGGACCGGGCCCGUGGUGACGGUUAGCAUCAACGGCUGUUCCGGAGUCCGGUUUGCCCACACAGACAUCAGGGUACCAGACUUCUCCGACUACAGGCGUCAGGAUGUCAUCGACCCCAACCAGUCCUCCAAGGAGAGCAGUGAAUCCAGGAGAGCCUUUUCCUACCUGGUCACCGGGACCGCCGCCGUGGUGGGCGUCUACGCCGCCAAGACCGUCGUCACUCAGUUCGUUUCCUCCAUGAGCGCCUCGGCCGACGUCCUGGCCAUGUCCAAGAUCGAAAUCAAGCUGGGCGACAUCCCCGAAGGCAAGAACAUGACCUUCAAGUGGAGAGGCAAACCGCUGUUCGUACGUCACCGCACCGAGAAGGAGAUCGAGACGGAAGCCGCCGUCAACCUCGGGGAGCUGCGAGACCCCGAGCACGACAAGGACCGGGUCCAAAAGCCCAGCUGGGUCAUCGUCCUCGGAGUGUGCACGCAUCUGGGUUGCGUGCCCAUCGCCAACGCCGGGGACUACGGCGGUUAUUACUGCCCGUGUCACGGCUCACACUACGACGCCUCGGGCCGCAUCAGGAAAGGUCCCGCUCCACUCAACCUGGAGGUCCCCUACUACGAGUUUCCAGAUGAAGAAACGGUGAUAGUGGGAUAAGCAGCACUCACCAGACACGGCUGGUUCUAUACUACAGCUUUCAGUCUGCCAGAAACAUGAUAAGGGUACACGCAUUGCCUGCCGAUACGUUGAGGACAUUGUGAAACAUUCACAUCGGUUUUUCUGUAGGAUUUGCAGCUGGUGCAAGGAAAAUAAAUUGCAGAAUCUCACUUAAAAAUGACACGUCUGCCAUGUUGGUUCUUUCUUUCUCUGCUACAGUCGCGUACACAUAAAAAAAAAAGCUAGGGGUGAUGUCUGUUCUACCACUUUCAUGUUUCAGCUCAUUACAUUAAUGAUAAUUUAAUAGUUGUAAACAAAAGUUGACAUAUUCUCUUGUAUUUAAAAAGAUGUGAAUAUGAAAUAAAAAGCCAGUUUCUCUUAA